AUGCUCGUGGGCGCGAAUAAUUUCCAUUUCGCGUAUAGCACGAUCCGCGAUGAAGGCGCGAACUGCCCCGUGCUCGUGUACGUGUCCACGGCGGACGUGGACGCGCUGUGCGCGUUUAGAACGCUGAAGCUGAUGCUUCGGAGCGACAACGUGGCGUAUUCGGUGUUCCCGGUGAGUGGAUACGGCGAGUUGCAGCGGCUCGGGGAGGAAAUCCCGGACGAUGGGCAACAGCGAGCGAUCGUGUUGAUAAACUGUGGGGGCACGGAGGAUGUGAAGACGGUGAUGGGGUUGCGCGAGGGCGCGAGAGCGUACGUGUUCGAUUCGCACAGGCCGUUGGAUUUGGAGAACACGAGGGCGGAUAAUCAGGAUGUGUUGGUGAUGCGGGACGAUAAGGAAGGAGAAGAGUCGUUUCCAGAGCCGGACUCGGAGGAUGACAGCGACAGCGACGAUGAUGAUGACGAAGAUGACGACGCGGGGGCAAAAGGUGGAGAGUCGCCGAGGACGAGACGGUUGCGAAAGGCGGAAAAGCAGCGCGAAAGGGCGGCGUAUUACGCGCGCGGGUCGUUCUACGGACGAUCGAGUGGGAUGGUGAUGUAUGACAUAGCGUACAGAAUGAGCAAGGAUAGGUUGGAAAAUUAUUUACCGCUUUGGUUGGCGGUGUUGUCGAUGACGGAUCAGUACUUGCAUCAAAGGUUGUCGCACGAGAUGUACACUUCGUGCGUCAUGGAGCUCGCAACUCGCGUGAGCGCGAUGUCGAACGCCGAUAUGCCGACGACGCGGUCUUUAGAAGAUGGCACUAUCGUCAAGGCGUUCGACGAACGGCGUUUGCAGUACAAUGAGGAGUUUAGAUUUAUGCUUUUACGCCACUGGACGCUGUACGAGUCAAUGCUGCAUAGCAAUUACGUUGCGACGCAGUUGCAAACGUGGACGGAGCGUGGCCGAGCGAACUUGAACUCCCUCUUCGCGCAUGUGGGGAUCCCUUUGGACGUGGCGAAGCAAAAGUAUUCGCACAUGUCUCCGGCGCAAGUGAAACAAUUUGAGGAAAGGUUGGAUGAGUACGGCGCGUCGCACGGAUUGGAUAACGUCAAGUUUUGGUCGUUUCAGUAUUCCCAUGGCUAUGCACUGAGAGUGUGUGCUGCGGAUGUCGUGUACGGCGCGACAGCGUUGCUCGAAGGCAUGCUUGACAGAGAAGAGGAGGAUAGAACACCCGCGGAUAACUUUUGGCGAGCAUCGCAGGCGCUGUCGUUGGGCAAUUGGGACGAGAUGGAGGCGGGCAUCAGCCACGCCAUCCGAUUGCAACAAGCUGUUAUGCGACAAGGUGGGAUCGCGCUCGCUUCUUCCGCGCACAUUCGCACGACUGGGAGUUUGCGAUGCUUUUCUUUGCUCGAUCAUGGAUCGCCGGCGGAUGUCAAAUUGUUCAUGCACCCGCUGUCGUUGUUGAAGCUCGCGUUGUUCGUGCAAGACGCACUUCGCGUGACAAAGAAACGGCUUCGGCCACUUGUCUGCAUUGGUCCAUCUGCGGAAGAUGAAUCCCUCGCGCUCAUCGUCGGUGUCACCGCCAAGCCAAACACCGACGACGCCGCUGGCGGAAACUUCUUCACGCACUCGUUCAAAAUGGCCGCUGAACGUAUUCACGCGCGUUUCCGACACGACUCUUUCGAAGCCUCCGUGAUACAAGUCGCUCGACGUGACUUGGGACCAUUCAUCGAGGCGCUAUCUGACAUUGACGCCGAGCGUCUGGCGCGUUUGCGAAUGGCCGCCGCAUAG